ACACUGCACAGAGGACAGCGGAUGCUAAUGAAAAAUGGCGAGCGGGACUGCCGAGGUGCGGGCGCCCGUUCAGUCUGACUGGACGGGUGGCUGGCGCUGUCCGGAGCACAGCGAACGCCCGGCUGAGCUCUUCUGUCGUCGCUGCAGCCGUUGCGUGUGUGCGCUCUGCCCGGUUCUGGGAGCGCACCGCGGCCACCCGGUGGGCCUGGCCGAGGAGGAGGCUGCGCGCGUGCAGAAACUAAUGCAGGAGUGUUUGGAGUGUUUGGCCACCAAGAAGAGACAACAUGCUGACAACAUAGCCCAACUGGAAGACACGGGGGAAAGGCUCAAGGUUUCUGCAGACUCAAGUAAAGCCUGGCUAACACAGAAAUUCACGGAACUCAGAUUACUCCUUGAUGAAGAGGAAGCACUGGCCAAAAGCUUCAUUGAUAAAAACACACAGCUCACCCUCCAGGUGUACCAGGAGCAAGCCGAGUCUUGCAGGAAGCAAAUUGAGGUCAUGAGUGACUUCUCUAUCAGGGUGUGGGACAUCAGCCAGGUGUCCAACCCUGUUCAGCUGCUGCAGGCAUAUAUAGCCACCAAGGCAGAGAUGGGACAGCAGAUGAGCCCCUCGGAGCUGAGCCACCCUGUGCCCCUGUCUUUCGAGCCUGUCAAGAACUUCUUUAAGGAGUUUGUGGAAGCCAUCAGGAACACGUUACAGACACCAAUGGACACUCGCCUGAAGGAAAACAUAAACUGCCAACUUUCAAGCUCCUCCAGCACCAAGCCAGGCGCCUUGUUGAAAACCAGCCCCUCGCCAGAGAGAGCCCUCUUCUUGAAAUACGCGCGCACGCCAACGCUGGACCCGGACACGAUGCACGCGCGCCUGCGCCUGUCGACGGACGGGCUCACUGUACGCUGCUCGCUGCUGGGCCGCCUGGGGCCGCGUCCCGCUUCGCGAUUCGACUCGCUGCGUCAGGUGCUGGGCCGCGACGGCUUCGCAGCGGGACGCCACUACUGGGAGGUGGACGUGCAGGAGGCAGGCGUGGGCUGGUGGGUGGGCGCGGCCUACCCGUCGCUGCGGCGCCGCGGAACCUCCACGGCUGCUCGCCUAGGCUGCAACCGCGAGUCGUGGUGCGUGAAGCGUUACGACAUGGAGUACUGGGCCUUCCACGACUGCCAGCGAAGCCGUCUGCGGCUCCGCCGCGACCCUCACCGGCUCGGCGUCUUCCUGGACUACGAGGCCGGCAUUCUGGCCUUCUACGACGUGGCGGGUGGCAUGAGCCACUUGCAUACCUUCUAUGCCGCCUUCCAGGAGCCGCUCUAUCCAGCCCUGCGCCUCUGGGAGGGGUCUAUCAGCAUCCCCCGGUUACCCUAAGAGAGAAUGUGCUUUCUUUCCUAGGCUAGUCUCCUGCUGUUCCCUGUGCCCUCCCCCUCCCCCCCACGAUGUUUUUAUAAUGCAAGUUCCUGAAAGGGACACCCCGCUGCCUGUAUCUAGGACACUAUCGUGCAGCGCCUAGAACCUCCUGACACACAGUAGGCACGCAGUAAGUAUCAGUGAAUACUUACAGUGCCUUGCAGGAGGCAAGUAGUUCCUGAACUGUUUCCAUUUGAGCCAGCUGCUCUCCAGCCACUUGAGCUUGUCCAGGUCACCUCCAUCCAGAGCACCUGACAGGGUUCUGGUCUGGGUCUGCAUCCUCACCCCUCUUCAUCUUCUACACUAAAGCAUCCUGAAACUUAGCCUGGCCUCUUGGGAACUAAAGGGAGGCUCUCAAAGAGCUACAAAAACAGCACUGGCAGCACUUUACCUUGGCCCUUUUAGUAGUCUUUCUGGCUUUUCUAGCCUGCCUUUGCUCAUGUCAAUCUUUUCAGACAUGCUCGGGUCGGAAGCUAGUUUGCAGGUGCACCUUUGAACCAUUGUGCUUCCCACCAUAAAUAGGAAAACCGGCUCUCUGCCUGUCUCGUCUCAGUCUUCAGGCUUAUCUGCCCCAAGAAGUUCCCUCCGCACCCCACCCCCGAAAAAAAAAAAAAAAAACAAACAACCAGGCCUACAAAUCCCUCCACCCCACCCCCUCAAAAACAAACAAACAAACAGGACCUGUCAUUCCAGUUGCUUUCUAAGGACAUCUGUGUACUUUCCUUUUAGACGCUGACUGAGUGAUCAUUAGGGUAAUUUGACGGGACAUAGUAGGUCCUUCAUUCACAAGACCAGAGCUUUUCCCACACACCACUGCAGGAGGGGCCCAGCCAGGCACCUCUUACCAGGCAUUGUAGUCAUGCACUUCACACAGUUGAUCCCUCAAAGGUGGGAAGCGAUCCCAUUGUACACACGGCAGAAUUGGUACUCGUGAGUCAGAAGAUUGCCCCAAGACAAUAGAAUCAGUGUUGCGGUCAGGAUCUACACUGCCUAGUAAGCUGUGUUGUAGAUGUGACAGCUCUUCUCCCUCUCAGUGUUACUUGCCUCAGUUUUCCCUGGGUCAAACCUGCUUUUAGAUACACCUUCACUGGUCCCUGAAAUGAGGUUGUAUAACCUUUAGGAUAGGGGAUGGAAUUGUUUGAGAGGAUCUGAUUUGGGUCUAAAACAGAAAGACUGAUUCUGAGCUGGGGUUUGUGCUGGCUAGAAGGCUUAGCUUCCUGUCAGCUGUAUGGCCUCAGACAACAUUCGUUCUACUUGUGGCCCCCAUCUGUAAAACAUGGGUCGGUGAUGCCAGGCUCAAACAAGCCAAAGCUAAUGAAAUUGCCUUAAAAACUAUAACGUAUCAGGCUAGGAUUUGUUAGCAUCUCCAAUAG